UCAUGACCCUCCCUCCCUGUGUGUAAGCAAGCAAGCAUGCAUCGUCAUAGAUUCCUGACAUAUUCGCAGACUGUGGAUGUCCGCAUGCCUGCCUCUCAUGGAGACGGACGCAACAUGCAGCAGCGACGUGUGUGUCAGACUGUGGAUUCCUACCCUUGCAUGUAUCGUUCGCGGCGCGAGUUUUACACUGCGGUGGGCUGCUUAAAUCGAACCUCCGAUGCAUGGCGAAAGCGAUUCAGGCUAUGGCUACAGGUAGAAUUAGGACAGGUUUGUAGGGGUCGUGAUGAGGGUGGGUGAAGGGGGGGUCGGAUAUGGAGAGGGGUCUUUUCGGGAGCACCAGGAUGAGUAGUCGGACUUCCACGCGCCAUGGACCCAACGCUCCUUUGUUUCAAGGGCGAGUGAGGCGAUGGAAUAAGUCCUUGACGGCGGUGGCUCCUUCUUGUACUGCGUCAGCUGCCGUUUGUAGUGUCGUGCUCUACAAGUGGUGUCCUGUUGCUGUGGUUCAUGCAACUGGUUCAAAAGAGUCCACGUCGGAGGAGCUGACAGUGACCAAGUCCCUGCGAUUUUUGCCCUUGUCAGUAGUUCUUCAUCAGAAGAAUGAACAAGCUCAGGAAGUUGCGGAGGAUAUUGAAGCUUUGGUAAGGUUUGAAGAACAAACACAGGUUGCCACAAACGUGACACAUGGAGAAGACGAAAUUAAGAGGGCAGAUUCCCAACAGGACAUGAUCAUGCAUGGUGCUCGUUCGUAGAAAUUGAUGACAAACAAAUGAAUCUCACCAAAACAAAAUAUCAAGGGGUACAGAGCGAUGCUUCGGUAACUCGAGAAGAAAUUUCUGAUUCGUUUCAGGUGCACAGUUUGCUCUCUGUUGUGACUACUUUUGAUUCUUCUCUAAAUAUCAGUAGUAGCUCUUUACCAGUCAAUCUUCUGAGGUUUUAGUAGCUUCUUUUUACGCUUCUGCUACAGGGUGAGAGUUGCUGUACAAGAACCCGAAGCUUCAACAAUGGACAUGGAUCGGUAGAAAAGAUGGAGCAUACUAGUCUUAAAAAUCAAAAUUUAAGCACAUGUCAGCAUCUGAACUAUCAUUACAAUGACGUGCUCUGCAUUCUGCGAAGGUUUUGUAAAUAUCUCCACUAAGUUAGGAACUUACUACCUCCGAAAUUUUUCCUUGCGUACCCAAGGUGGAAUCAGUAUUCUCUCAUAGAUGAUUCCAAGCAAGUUCUGCCAGAUUCACAAAUCUUUGUAAGAGAGUCAAUGAUGUGGACUGCAGAUAGGGUGUAGGUUUGUUUGCCAUUGAUCUCAUGGACCUCAGCCCACUGCAGGUUAUCAUUUAGUUAAAACAUGUUGUUUGGCAUGAAGGGUUAUCAUUUUCUUUGUUUCCCUCCUAGAAUUCUUCUUUUAGAAAAUGACCCGGAUAAUGGUGCGCAUGACCAAUCCCUUGGUGCUUAAUUUAGUUCUUGAUCAGUUGGAUAGUAUCGACAUGUAGUGAUAUGGAAGGCGAACUUGAGUGUGAAACUCUGUCGAAAUACGCAUCGUAUGUUGUUUAAUUGUCUCUGGCAUGUCUAAUCUCAUCAUUGGGAAUGGACUUCAUCAUUUUACAACGUACAUAAACAGAUAUUUUCUGUUGUUCAAACCUCUGAGUUCAGCUAUGGUUAUCUCUGCCAUAUUAAGGUGGGUAAUGAGUUUAGUGUUGAUUGUAUUCAUGCACUGUUGUUCAUCUUAACAAGUUUCAGACUGUCGACAUUGUUCACCAUUUUUUUUGUGAGUUCUGGAGCUGGAGAACUCCUGAGCAAGGUCCAUGAAAAGGAUCUUGCCGUACCUCAGAUAGUUGCAGAAGCUUUCAGGAACGAUGAUCAUUUAAGAUCCGCGUACUAAAAGUCAUCGAAGUGCAAGAUCCGGCUAGAAGCUCUGCAAAAAUCUCUGAAAUUAAAGAAAACAGAUUUCAAAGUAAGUGUUUCAUAUUAUACAUUGUCUGAGCUAAAAUGCACGAAGCAAUAUUGUAGUCAUGAAGCCAAACUGAAAAUCUCUUACAACGAUGUACGAUAUGUUGCCGCUGGUGAUCUCUGCUAUGACAACUCUGAGACCAUGCCCAGUUUGUUGUGCAUAGUAGUUGAUGAGGACAAGAUUGCCCAAACCAGAUCCUGGUUCGCAGCGAUAACACCUCUUACAUCGUCCACUGGAGGAUGUUCCCUUGUCAUGACAAAUCUCCAAGCUAGUUUGUUCCAAUCCUGUAGUCUUAUAUCCUGGCCCUCGCAAUUUGGCACUUGGGUGGACGACGACAUUCUUGGUCAUGGGAUGUGGCCCUCCACUUCUCCAACGUAUAAUCCUCUGAUUUAGGGUAGAAAACAUGGGUAGGGUCUUACUUAAGGAUGGAACGCUAUAUCCUGAGUAGGCUUGGAGGUGCAAAUACUUCACUCUCCGGAGGUGGUCUCUUACACGAGAGAGAAUACUCAAAUGAAGGGAGCUAGCGCCUUCAUGUUUCAACACAAACGGUAGAACAUACAAGUUGUGUGUGCCAGGGGUUUCGUUUGACAAGUGGGAAAUCGUCAGUGGAAUUUGUGAUACUAAUUGUGCAAACAGCUGGGAAGGAGCAUCAGAAUCUGUCGGAGGAAUCAGACAUGGGCAAUUUAAAUCAAAGAAUUUUGUCUCCGAAGGACAGUAGUGCACAGACUGAGCUUGUAAUCUCCUAGUUAGGUCUAGGGCAGGUCCCAGAUCUCUGUGUACUACUGUGGUAGAUGAUGGUCCUUGUGCACGAUUUGAUGGGCAUGGUUUAGAUAGACCAUGACGAGUCUCCAAGGGUAUCUGGGUUGGGAUAGGCGAGGAAAAUAAAACUGGCAGAUAUUUACGACAUGCAAAUGGUGUUGCAGCAUGAACGUUGGUAAUCAGUGGUUUGGUGAUGAACUUUGUAAGAAUACGACCUACACCGUUUGAAUCUGGUGGACUGUCUGUGUGCCUCAACUGAUAUUCUUGAACUCGUGACGAAGAAGGUAGGGUUUCACCAAGGCUAAGGGAAAUCUCGGACCUUCUAUCGUUGAGAGAACGAAGGCUAUUUUGAAGUCUCUUGAGACUUUCUAUGAGUUUAGCUGUGCCGGGAUGGCGACUUUUUGACGAGCUGCCAUCAGGGCCAGGUGAACACUCUGACUUAUCGGUGCCAUUCAUGAAUCGACGCAGGUUAUCUAUGGAAGACUGAAGAUGUUGGAAGAGAAUUGAUGGAUCCCGUUUUCUGCUGUGGGGUGCUGAAUCCUCAGGAAUCAUGGACCAUGCGGAUGUCAUUGCUUGACUGAGAUGGGUAUGAUUGCCCACAUCAGUUCGACCGGAGAAUUCUUUUAAGGUGGAGAAUUUUAAGAAAGAUUUCCGAAGCGGAAGGAGGGUGUUAGAUACACUUUUGGAAGGUUUUUCGCCAUUUCCAAGGGAAGGGAGCCGGGGGACAGUCGGUGUUUGAGACGAAGGAUUAGAUGCUUGGGAUAGAUUUGUAGUACGGAGAUAGCUAACGAAGGACUCCAAUUUACCCUCCUCUAUGCCUGUCAAAUGGGUCAACGUCGGCCGGCGUUUCAACAUGCUCUUUAUCUGCAGAUUAAGAAAUAAUUCAGACUCUCGUUGGUUUCAAGUAUCAAUUGGUACCUUACUGAUGAGUUCAUCCCCAGUGGUAUUCAGUUUCUCCGAUUGCCAGAAGUAUUGAUAUCUCCCACUUCGGUCCUUCGAGAGAAACGUCCUUUUGGAGGCAUCCUCUUUCAGCUCUUGGAUUAAGAUACCACCAUUUUCCAUUCCAGGGCUCGUAAUUGCCACUCGCUCUACCAUGCCAACAUCAUCGGCGAAUGACAAGCGCAUUUCUGAACAUGGUAGCAGCAUCAAGUUCAAGUAACCCCUGCAGACUCCAGUCUAUUAGGAUUAUCUCAUUUACUCAAAAGGGCUCAAAAUCCACUGUCGGAUGCGGAAGGAUCACAGAUGGGAUAGCAUUUCGGAGUGUGGAGUGGAGUAAAAGAUUUAAGCAGAUCACCUUGCAGAAGUCGGGUAAAGGUAUCGGCCAUAGCGAGUCACUUUCCCAACUCGAAGUGAAACCACUGGAGUGCAGAGAGAACGUGCCAACAAAGCCAAUUCUCUUGCUUUGAAAAGCUACCCAUCAAAAUACGCAAUAGUCACUUGGUAUUUCAGCAUCCAACAUACUUCGACACAACACUCGAGGAUUCGAUUGGCAAUUUGUUCAUUUGCCCUCGAGGAAAUUGACGGGGUAAGUGGUCAGAGAUUCAACGACAGGACAAGCCAUGGCAGAUUCUAAUGGAUUCCUCACAGCUUUGCAACAGUUAUCUUAUCAUGAAUGAAGCCCAGAGUAUUGUACCCAGAUGAUUCUAGCAGGUUGUCAAACAGCUAAGUGAGAUUUUCAUUGACGUGUUUGGUGGCCAUGUGGAUAUCCUUGGCACGUUUUAGGAGUAGUAGGGUUGAUGAAUGAGAACCUGAUCUAGGUGAGCAAGAAGUUUGCCGUCUGAUCCGAAGCACAACACAUUCCAGCGCAACAAAAGCUGAAGACGUUCGUCAGUUCUACAAGCUCCAACGACUUGGAGAUCCAAAGCUUGCAACCAUUUCAAGGAAUCUUCUGGGGCAGUUCCCAGCUGUGUUGCGGGCUCUUCCGCUGACAACCAUAUUUGCGAAGUCUCCAGUGCUGAUUCCAGCCCAGUCCUCAUCAUCUUGCCCUUUGAGUCCAUGCCUGUUGCUUUUCUUUCUGGUUUAUCUGAGGAUGGCAAAUGCUUCAGUAAAGAGUUUUUGGUACUAGACGAUACUGAUGUUGCCUCUACAGUGGCGUCUGGUUUUUCGCUGGGAAAAUGAGGAUGGAUUACGCUGGCGGCGGCACUAUUUGUUGAAGCUUCGGAUGCAUUAUGCUCCUCUGAAGAAAUCAGCGGCAUCAUGGCCAGAAAUAACUCUGUACGAGAUUGACGAGAGUCUAUGUGAUUCUGGCCAAAAUUCAGAUUAAGUGGAACACACUACGGAAAAUUUUGGAAAUUAUGCCUCGGAAGUUGGAAGUAUUUUUCUAUUAUAGAGUAUGUUGUUCCUGGGAAGGAGCAUCUGAUUACGAAGGGCAACUUUUCUUUUGAAAAAUUCACAUUCUGCCAGAAAAAAUAGAUGAAAUAAUUGGCGUCAAAUGAUCGAUUGUUGAGUGAGCAUCAUAAAUUAAGCGAAUAGGUCUGAAUAAUGCCGAAGUUGUGGUCGGUAAAUUAGGUCAAAAUGCUCUUGCGGGCAUCAAGAACUAGUGCAUUAAGGUACGAUUGGCCAUUCUUUUGAAUCUAGUAAGAAGGUGAGUGAAGCCUUUUUACUGGGUGGUAGUUAUAGCAGGACAACUCAUGACAUAAUCCCGCAUUGUCAUGAACCUGACCUAACUGUAUCAUGUCAAGAAUCAAUUGAUUUGUGUAGAAGAAGUGGUUAGGAUCAACUUUCAUGUUAUAAGGAACCUAUUGAGAAUCACUCCGAGUUAAGUUAAAUAACAUACUCUGAUCGGUGGUUCUUUUAAA